AUGCAGGGUUUUCUGUUUUGGCUUUAUCUCGAUCCCAGUGUUCCACCUGAGUCUGUGCUUUCUCUUGAUGCAUGGCUGCGGGCUACUGCUGCUGCUGGGCUGCUGUCGGAGGGUUUGCUGCUGCAGCAGCUGCAGGCUGUAGAGACAGCGCGUAUGGGUGCUUCUGGCUUCGAUGCUGCAUCACCAGACCUGCAGCAGCAGCAGCAGCAGCAGCAGCAACAGCAGCAGCAGCAGCAGCAGCAGCAGCAGCAGGAGGAGGCUAUGAUGAGAUGGGCGGAGCAAGAGCCGUCGCCAGACCUCAUGAAAAGAUGCAGCAGACUCUGGGAGCUUCUCACGCUCCCCUAUGAGGAUGCAGCGGAGUUUGUUGCUCACGCGAGGCCAUUGCUGCGGCAGCGAGAAGCAGAUGAGUUGUCUAUUGCUUCAUCUGCUGCUGACGCUGCUGCUGCUGCUGCUGCUGCUGCUGCUGCAGCAGCAGCAGCAGCAGCAGAUAUAGAUGAUGAUGAGUCUGAGGAUUUGUCGCUGCACCCGGGCGUAGAGGAGCAGCUGCAGCGGCUGCUGCUGCUGCAGCAUUUGCUGCUGGAGAUAGAGGGAUUUCAAGAGCAGCAGCAGCAGCAAUUUGUGCUGCUGCUGCCUGUCGACCGCAGCAGCUACAGCCCCGGUUUCUUUUUUUAUAUAGUUGGCUCGCUGCUGCAGCAGCCGCAGCAGCAGCAGCAGCAGCCAAGCAAGCAGCAGCAGCAGCAGCAGCAUAAGCUACAGCAUCUCCACUAUAAACAACAGCACCAGCACCAGCAGCAGCAGCAGCAGCAGCAGCAGCAGCAACAGCAGCAGCAGCAAAACAAAUACAGAGAAGUUUUUGCUGCUGGGGGAAGAUGUGAUAAGCUGCUGCACCAGGCGCAGGGGAGAGACGGGCCAGCAGCAGCAGCAGCAGCAGCAGCAGCAGCAGCAGCAAUCUUCGUUGAGGUAGAUAUUGAUCGUCUGUGUUCGCGGCUGCUGCAGAUACAGCAGCAGCAAACUGAGUCCCCUGCAGCAGCAGCAGCAGCAGCAGCUGCUGCUGCUGCUCUCACUCCAGUAUGGAACGAAUCCAGCAGCAGCAGCAGCAGCAGCAGCAGCGGGAACAAGCGGAGCAGCGGCGACAGCGCGAGCAGCAGCAGCAGCAGCAGCAGCAGCAGCGCCAGCAGUAGCAGUAGCAGCAGCAGCAGCAGCAGCAGCACGUGCUGCAUGAGCAACAGCAGCAGCAGCAGCAACCUCCUAGAAGUUGCUGCCAGCUGGGCGCUGCCUCAGGUGCUGCUGUGCGUGCAGCAGCAGCAGCAGCAGCAGCAGCUGCUGCUGCAGCAAGCAUCAUUUCAUCUACGAGCCCUUCUAUUGAAACACGGCAUCAAGGAGUUCACUCGCAUGGACGAGGUGGUGGAGUUUCUUCUAUCGAAGUCUUCAUCUGCCUGA